AUGACUACCUGGACAUCUACUGUCCGCACUACGACCCCCCGCGUCCCCGCCGAGCACACCGAGAGCUUCGUCCUGUACAUGGUGGAGCGCGAGGGGUACGACGGCUGCUACGAGACCCCCAAAGCCUUCAAACGCUGGGAAUGUAACCGCCCCCACGCACCCCUGGGGCCAAUCCGAUUCUCCGAGAAGAUCCAGAGGUACACCCCCUUCUCGCUGGGCUUCGAGUUCGCUGUCGGGACGGACUAUUAUUAUAUCUGUAAGUAG